ACCCUAUAAAUUCUGAGGUGAAGAGGAGUUAAAAAUCACCAACUAAACACUUAGUUACAUGAGAGACCAAAAUCUAACAAAAAUGGAAAUAAUUUUAAUGCUCUCUUUGUGCUUAACGACCCUCUUAGCCCUUCUCUUGCUCAAAUCAAUCCUUAAACGAACCGCCAGCAAAAUGAACGUACCACCAUCUCCAUGGCGACUUCCCGUGAUAGGAAACCUCCAUCAGGUCGGACUCCACCCUCAUCGUUCCCUCCGAUCCCUCAGCUUCCGGUAUGGACCACUCAUGCUCCUUCAUUUUGGCCGUGUCCCAGUACUCGUUGUCUCUUCUGGUGAAGUAGCUUAUGAGGUUAUGAAAACACACGAUCUUAAAUUUGCCAACCGCCCGAGAUCAAAAGCUGUUCAUAGGAUUAUGAAUGGUGGGCGUGAUGUAGUAUUUGCUCCCUAUGGAGAGUAUUGGAGACAGAUGAAGAGUGUAUGCAUUCUGAAUUUACUCACCAACAAAAUGGUUGGGUCCUUUGAGAAAGUAAGAGAAGAAGAGGUAAAUGCAAUGAUUGAGAAGCUGGAGAAAGCAAGUCGGUCUUCUUCAUCAGAAAAUCUGAGCGAGCUUUUUAUUACUCUACCAAGUGAUGUUACGAGUAGAGUUGCCCUUGGAAGAAAACAUAGUGAUGACGAAACUGCGAGGGAUCUCAAGAAUCGUGUGAGGCAGAUCAUGGAGCUGCUAGGCGAGUUUCCGAUAGGGGAAUAUGUCCCAUCCUUGGCAUGGAUAGAUAGAAUCCGUGGAUUCAAUGAUAAAGUGGAGGAAGUGAGUCGCGGGUUUAGCGAUCUUAUGGACAAAGUGGUGCAAGAACAUCUAGAAGCUGGUAAAAAGAAAGUGAAUUUUGUCGAUAUAUUGUUAGCAAUCGAAGGAGAGAUGAGUAAUGGAUUCCAGGUUCAAAGAAACGACAUAAAAUUUAUGAUUUUGGAUAUGUUUAUAGGAGGAACGUCAACAACUUCGACUCUACUAGAAUGGACCAUGACGGAACUGAUUAGGCAUCCCGAAUGUAUGAAGAAACUCCAAGACGAGAUUCGGUCAAGUUUUAUACCGAAUAGUUCAUACAUAAAAGAAGAAAAAGUUGAGAAGAUGAAAUACUUAAAAGCCGUGAUUAAAGAGGUGCUCAGGUUGCAUCCUUCUCUUCCACUAAUACUUCCUAGAGUUUUGAGUGAAGAUGUUAAGUUAAUGGAAUAUAACAUAGCCGCAGGGACAGAGGUGAUAAUAAAUGCUUGGGCAAUCCAAAGAGAUACUGCGAUAUGGGGACUAGAAGCAGAAGAAUUUAAACCAGAAAGGCACUUAGAUUCACCUACUGAUUAUCGUGGAAAAGAUUUAAACUACAUUCCAUUCGGAUCAGGGAGAAGGAUUUGUCCCGGGAUAGGAUUCGCUUUGGGUUUGGCAGAAGUGGCAGUGGCCAAUCUUGUAGGCCGAUUUGACUGGAGAGCAGGGUUUCGACCAAAGGGAGAUCAAUCUGAUAUAGCUGAAGCCGUUGGUAUCGAUGUUUGCCGCAAGUUUCCUCUGAUUGCAUUUCCAUCUUCGGUUGUGUGAGAUGCUCUUGAUCAC